AUUACACAGCCUCACGGAGACUCACAUCCACAGGAUCCGGAGCUGGUAGUCGGGAAAACCCCCUCGGUGGAUAAAUUCAGCAGAGAGCUGAAGUCCAUACAUUUGAACGCGCGUUGGUUUGGAUACAGCGUAUAGCAGCAGGAUUAUCUUCGAGUUGUCAAGUUUUUGUGAAGAAGAAAGACUCUUUUUGGUUGUUUAUUUUUCCAAAUUAUAACCAUAAAUACUUGUAUGUUCUUUAUGGAGACGGCCGUUUUAUAGGACAUGACGGGGACUCAGUUUCUACCCUGCAAAGCCAAAACUCCGCUCAAUGCGAGGGGAGCCCGAAGUUCAUAAAAGGGAUUAUUUUGCAUCUGGGUGCCUGAGACCUUCGGUGCCUCCGGAUUUUACUUUGGGAUUUGGGAUUUAUCGCUUCUCACCGGGAUGGAAAGCCGAGAUUUCGCUCCUCCGCACCACCUCUUGACGGAGCGGAGCGCGUUGGUUCACAGCGCCGCGUCUCGGAUGGCGCCAGGCGGCCACGGCUCCGUGCAGCACCCCGCUCACUUCCAGCCUGGGAAAUACUACUCAUCCCACCUCUCCAUGACUCCGCACACAGGUGCUUCCUUCAUGGGUUCCUUCCUGGCCAGCAGUCUGGGGUCACCGCCCUCCCACCCUGCUCACCCCUCAGGACCCGCUGCCUCCCCUUCGUCCCCCUCCUACAGGCCUGGACCCCAUUCAAGCGCCUCCCCUAUCUGGUUCCCCCAUUCACAUGAAGGGUACCCCAGCUAUUCAGGAAGUCUUGCUUCUCCUUUUCUCCCCAUGAGUCCCCUGGAUCACCAUAGCAACGGCCUCUAUGGACAGCACCGCUUCUAUGAAACUCAAAAAGAUCACUUCUACCUGAGAGGCCUUCCUCCCCAGCCCCCUCUGCUCUCCACCAGUCACAGCCUUCCUCCGCUCUCCAGGACUGCUCCAGGCCACCCACUUGGCUCUUGCAGCCGGGAGACGGACAAUGGGGGAGGAGGUGGUAAGAACACCAAGGAUGUGAGCGAGAAAGGAGUUUUAUCCGUGUCAAAGGUGAAGGAGCGAUCAAGCAGCAAGGAGCGGCACCAGGAGAGCAAAGACAAACAACAUCAGCUUCAUCAUCACCAUCCUCAUCAGACGAACCCCACCACCACCACGUCCAGCCACCACCACCAAGCUUACCCCCACCCUCACCAUGCCCUCCUACCCCACCUCACAUCACAGGGCAGGGAGGAGGAGCACAGACACACUCUGGAGCGACACAAGGAGUACAGAGACAGUGACUCGGGCAGUCAGGAGACGAAACAUAUGAGUGCCUGUAAACUGUCCAGUGGUUCGAUAGCAGAGACUGGCUCUGGAGGAAAGGGGGGAGCACUGAGCAGCUGUAGUGGUGGUGGGGUGGGUCGACCUCCAUCCGGAGGAGGCAGGCGGUGCUCCAAGGAUGGACCCAUAAAUGGGGAGAUGAGGAUCAGCGAGUCCUCAGCUUCUUCCAAUGAAUGUAUGAGAAGAGGUGCGGUUGCAGCGACAGCCAUCCUGACACCUCCAAACCCCCACUCUGUGGCCUCCUACUCCAUGCCUCCUCCUCCUCCUCCACCACCUCCUCCUCAUGCUUUGCACAUGGGCUCCACAGUGGCAGGAGGGUGGCUACACCAUGCACAUCACCAUCCUGAGUUUUACUGUCCCCCGGCCCCUCUUACACUGACACCCUCCAAAGAUCCAGCAUCCACCCCUGGAGGGUCUGGCAGGGAGGCGAAAGUAAUCGGUCCAACUUACGUGCCUUCAGUUGGGCCCCUGGGAGACCUGACAGCCACUGACUGUCGUGGAGCAGGAGGAGGUGGGAGAAAGUCUGAUGACAAGAGUGGAGAAGGAUCUUAUGAAAGUCCCUCUCAUCAUCACAGCCGACUUAGUAGUUGCCAAAAGAAGGACAAAUCCCAGCCACAUCAGCAGCAGCUGGGAUACGGCAAGGCUGACAAACCUCCUGACUGGAGCCAUCAGACGCAGCAGUUCCACAAACCUGGCUCCAACGUGAGCUCUCAGCCCGAGCUGCGGUCCUGCAGCAUGGACACAUCUUCGUCCUUCAGAGACGUAGAGGUGUUGGAUGAUAUUUACCGGCCCUCACUCCCAUUAGAAGCCCAGGGGACACACCCUGGUGUCGGACAGGGCGUGUCCAAGAAUGUCCCCGACAACAGCACUCCUCCCUUCAGAGACUGUCCCCACUCAGGUCCUCAUCCUGAUGGGAGGUUGGGGUCGGGGGCAGCAUCUCAGAGAGAGGGACAAAAGGUUGCAAGGAUACGGCACCAGCAGCACAACAGCCAUGGAGCAAGUACAGAAGAGAGGGGACGAGACGGAGGUCAGACGGCACCUUCCUGGGGGGCUCGAGGGAACUACCACGAGGACCAUAGAAAAGGCUCCCAUCAUGCAUCAGUUAGUAACAGUGAAGUAAGAGGGCUCAGCAGCAGAGCUCCAAACAGUGACCAGCCCCAUUCUCAACCGCCUCCGCCUCUAUCCCGCACCACUGAGGGUGAGGGCAGUGCCAUGAAGAACCUAAUGAACUACAGCUCCCAGCAGCCUUUGCUGCUGCCACAGCGGGGCCCCUUCGGAGGUCUGGGCUGCCUCAAGCAGGGUGGAGAGAGAUCAGAGAAGGGGGACAGAGGAGGAGGAGCCAAAAGCAACACCUCCUCACAAGACCCUCCAAAACAAUCCCUUCCUCCUCGCCGAGGCUCCACUAAUGAGGGCGAGAGGGGGGACAGAGGUGGGAAGGAGGCAGGCGAGGCAGGUGAGGGGGAGGUGCGGCAGCCUCCGAUCGGUAUCGCGGUUGCCGUAGCCAGGCCUCCCCACCGUUCCCCAGACAACACGCCCGGACACAGCAGGCAGGGCAGGGUGCUGCCCAGCAUGAAAGGAGUUUCACGUCCUGUGUAUCCUCUUGGUCGGGAGGCAGAGGAGAGGAAGAGGAUGACAGAGGAACAGAUCAGCCUUCAUCACCUGGACAGAGACAGAGAAAUGAUCAUCAGGGAAAACAAGGAUCGUGUGGAGUUUGCCAGGAUCCACCCAUCUAGUAGCUGUCAUGGUGACCUGACCUCUCACCUCUUGGUUCCUGGGGGGGCCAGUAGGUUAGGGGCAGACCCUGCCGCACAUGCUCACCCAGCUCAUCACCACUGGAUGCAAAGGACAGGAAGUCCCUCCCUCUGGAUGGGGCAUUCAUAUGGUCUGAGCCACGUGGGAAUGAGCCCCGGCUUUCCACCAGGACUGCCCAGCCCUCUGCAACCCGUCUUGGGGUCGCUCACCCAAGACCCCAACUCCCCGCUGGUGGUCCUUCCUACAGAACCUGGGCCUCAUCAUCACCUCGACGUUCUGGAGCAGUCAGGUCUGUGGCCCCCUGUGUAUGGAGGCAGAGGCCCUCCUUCUCACCUGCAGCAUCAUCCCGUCUACUCCCGCUCUUCGUUUCUACAGCAACAGGAGCUGUAUGCCCUGCAGCAUCAGCACCAGCAGCAGCAGCGAGCCAUGGAGCACAUGCAGCGCCACUCUUUAGGACAGAGAAAACACGAGGAGCAUGCUAUCACCAUAGAGGACUCUCCUCAUGAAUCCUCCGCCUCCAGAAAUCCCACCUCCUCUUCAUCCUCUUCUUCGUCCACCACCUCCUCUCACGUGACCAAACCCUUCUCCCACACACCUCCUCCACCCAAGACGCCCACACCAUCUCCGGGGAUGUGUCCCAGCAGCCGUCAGUCACCCUGCUACCACUCCCCGUCCAGGCGACCUCACCCGCCGAACCCUCUGACCCCUGCGCCGAGCCCGGCUGCAGCAGCGCCCCGCUCCCCGGCUCUCAGCCCUGCUCCAUCACACCUCUCUAAGGGGCUGGAGAGGGGCAGUGACAGAGGAGAGGGACAGCCACCUCAGGACUACCCACAAUCCCUAGAGCCAGAUCUACCACCUGUUUACACCUACCCUCCGAUCACCAUGGGUUACAAGGCUGGGCCUUCACCUCCGGAGGCUCGAUUGGCCGAACAAGCAACAGUGGAGGCGGAGCCAGCAGAGCCAGACUCCAAGUCCCUCCCACACCCGUGCCACAUCACAGAAGAAAAAGAGCAGAGGGAUGAAGAGGACUGCGAAGUGGUGGAAAACCAGAGUGGAAUCGCAGAGGAACAGCGGGAAGUAAGGAGGGUGGAAGUGAAAGGAUGCUCCGAGCCCGAGAGCGAUAUUUCUGGAUUGCCGCCAUGCCCUUCCCCAGCUCCGGUCCCCGAACCAGCCUGCCCGGCCACAGCCACAGGCAAAGCCCUAAAAGUAGAGCUCUCUCUGGGUUUCCCGGGCCAGAAGGCCAGCCUGGAGGAGCCCCAAGUAUCCAAAGAGCAGGAGGAUGAUAAGAAAAAUGGAAAAGAGGACAUGGAGGAGGACGAGGGAGGGAAAAUAGGGCCUGAACCAACUGAAUGUACCGUCUCUGUGUUCGCAGAGGAGGAGGAGAAGGAGGAGGACAAUGGGGACAGAGAUGAAGAGAAUGUAGAGGUGGUUGAGGAAGAGCAGGAGGAGGAAAAGGGGAGUGGGAUGAGUCCAGACAACGACUUGAUGGAAGUAAAGUGUAACUCUCCUGCUCCUUCACUGUCCUCUGACUCCGUCGUCCCUCCUGUAGCGAGCACAGUGGCGAGCACGUCGGCCCAGCUCCAAGGGGCUUACAUGUGGAGCCUGGAGCUCCUGAUUGCCGCGGCUCUGUGCGCCACCAGAGAUGCCUUGUACCCACCAUCACCCGCUGUCCAGACCCCGAACCCUCCACCACAUCAUGGGAUGGAGAUACUGGGAGAACUUGCUGACCUGGAGAUCCAGCAGAGGAGCAGGGAGAGCAAAGCAGAAGACACAGAGGGUGAGGACAUGCUGACCUUCGACCUCCACAGUCUGGCGACGCUGGCGGCUGCCCGUGCCCUGGAGAUGGGGGGAGGGGAUGUGAGUGUAGGGGCGGAUCAGCAGUGUCCAAUCAGGAAGAGGCUCAACCUGCGCAGGAAGUGCAGCUGGACACCUCGCCACGAGCCGGUGUGCCCAGUAAAGGGCUCCAUGGAGACGAUGGGAGGGGAGGAGCUGGCCAUGCGUGUCCAGCUGGCUGAGCUACAGCGCCGCUACAAAGAGAAACAGAGAGAACUGGCCAAGCUACAGAGGAAACACGACCACCAGAAAGAGGAGACGUCUCGUAGCCCUGCCCGCCGGGGGCCCGGCCGCCCCCGCAAGCGCAAGUCCACCCCCGGCCCAGCUGCUGCAGAGAGCUCCAAGAGACUCAGAGCUGGACUGAAUUUACUGGAGGAAAAAGCCAGGAAGAAAAUGUCCAGCUUCAACAGUCUCAGCUCUGCACAGAUGAAAGCUCGCUGUAAGCACAGAGGUCGACCCAGCGCCCUGAGCUCAAGGCUGGCCAGGCGGGUGACCCAGCUGAAGCAGAAGGCUGCAGCUCAGCGUGGUGCACCAUCAGCAGGCAUGCUACACUGCAGAGGGACCCCUCUUGAGGGCGAUGCCUCCAAGAGUCACUGCAAACAAGGAAGAAAAGACAUGCAGCAGGACUGGGCGGCAGGUCCGACUGUCAAGAGGAAAAGGGGUCGAAAGCCCAAAGUGCUGAUUGGCGUCAACAUGAACGCAGCUCACCAAAAGGACGGCCGGACCUCUGAGAAACAGGAAGUUAGGGAAGAGAAGAGUGACAGCGAGAGCUCAGAGCGCGAGGAGGAGGAGGACGGCAGCUACGACAGCGAAGAUAGAGCAGGUGACACCAAGAUUAGCUCAUCCUCUAAAGAAGCUCCUGCAAACCCUGCCGGGAUUGUGCCUUUUUCAUCGCAGUCCUCCAAGCUCCAAGCAAACCAGAAAGCCAAGAGUAAGAGACCAGGGCCUCCCGGCACGGGGAACAUGCCCAACGCAGAUCAGAAGAGAGUGCCCAGAAGGCCAAGCCUUGCCAACACAGAGAGGGGACAUCCAGACCACCAGGGGACUAAAAGAGCAUCUCUGUCCAGCUGGGGUGUGUCGUCAGUGGGCUGCAGCUUUGGGGACGCCCGAGGGAACCAUGGAGCCCUGACAGAAGCAAACAGGGCCAGCAAGGAAGCCAUGAGGAGUUCAUUGGGACAGGGUAUUCUGGGAAAGGCCAAGGGCCACGCAGUGAGCCGGCUCCUGCAGAGCUUCGCAGCCGACGAAGGCUUUCGGUUGGAUGAGGAAAGCAGCUUCUCCGAGGGCGAGGAGGAAGAAGAGGAAGAGGAGGAGGAUAUGAAGCUGAUCCACCUCCCUCCCAACAUGCCUUGCAGAAUCCCUGCCCUGCCAAACUGUGUGCUGAGUAAAGAGAUGUUGGUGGACGGCCUGAAGAUCCUGAUCUCCAAGGAGGAUGAGCUGCUGUAUGCUGCCUGCGUCCAAACUCUGGACCUGCCUGACAUAUUCAGUGUUGUUAUCGAAGGAGAACGAGGUAACCGCCCCCGGAUCUACUCGCUGGAGCAACUACUACAGGAAGCUGUGUUAGAUGUGCGGCCUCAGAGCGAGGCCAUACUGACUGCAGGGACGAGAGUGUGCGCCUACUGGAGUGAACGCUCUCGCUGUCUUUACCCCGGAUACGUCCAUCGAGGAGGUCCAGGUGAGGAGGAGAAGGAGGGGAGUGUGAUGGUGGAGUUUGAUGAUGGAGACAGAGGAAGGAUCUCCCUCCCAAACAUCAGGCUUUUACCCCCAGGAUACCAAAUCUGCUGUGCGGAACCUUCUCCAGCACUUCUGAUCUCACCUGGUUGCCGUGGUCGCCGUAGCUCCACCCAGGAGAGGAAAGACGCAGAUAAACCAGCCAAUGAGGAGCCAGCUGGGAGACCUCAAGAAAAAAGACCAGUUGGCAGACCGAAGAAAGUCCACUCAGUGCCUAAGACUGCCAGCACACCGACAUCAGUAACAGACACUGUAACCAAAGGCAACACGUCCUUGUUGAACUGGUCUGCGCCCAGGAAGAGACCGCCAGUUGACUUCUUCCUCUUCAACGGGACGUCUCGGAAGACCCAGAGGAGGAUACGAGAGCGAGACUUAGGGCUGUUCCAUCGGCCCGCCUCCCACCUUCUCGCACCCCCGAUGCCUAUCAAAGGCAUCUUUGGCUCCCCUUUUGAAGGUGACUCCUUCAGUAGCAUCGCCAACAGCUACUCUAGCUUCAGAAGCAGUGUGAGCUCUGGAGCGGGGCGACCGGUUUCCACCGUUGCUUCCAUGGGGCUCCGGGACACUUUGUCCUCUGCUAGCCCCUCGGCUGUCACCAUGGCAGCUGGAAGCAGGAAGUCAGUGAACGAUCGAGACAGGAAACAAUUUCUAGUGAAGCUUGACCAUGAAGGAGUGACCUCUCCUAAAACAAAGAAUGGCAAAGCCCUGCUUCGACUCGGGGGGAGUGGAGGGAAAGGAAGCAAGAGUCUCGCCACUGCAGGAGCGCCGCUGCGGUACAUCCACCCCUCCCUGCUGGUGAAGGAUGGCAAGAAGGGAGGAGGGGAAGGAGAGGCUGCCGGGACCCGGCCUGAGCCUCUGGUAAAAGGAGCUCCACCUCUGAGAAAGGAUCUUCUGUCAGCAGGUCUGGGGGAUUACAGUUUGGACUACCCAAGCGACUGCCCCAGCUCUUACUCUGAGCUGGAUGAGGAUGAUGAGGAUGAUGGUCAGGAUGCCGAAGCACCUAGAAGAAGUGCAGCAGGCACGUCGCACCGUGGUGGCCGUUUUCUCUCCCGUCUCUCCGCCUGCUUCUCCUCAUCUUCCUCCUCCUCUUCCUCCUCCGGUUCCAUCUCCUCCUCGUCCGUCUGCUCCUCGGACAACGACUCCUCCUACUCUUCCGAUGAGGAGUCUUCCUCCGUGCUGCUGCGCCGCGCACUGCUCCAGCAGGACAAACACAAGCAUAGGCAGAACAUGACCUCUGACCUCCUUAGUCCUGACCCUACCACCUCCAGCUCCUCUCCCUCUGCCACAGCCCCAGCUCACGGCUAUGUAGCCAAAGCCAGCAUGGCCGUCUCGGGGUCAAAGGUGAAGGCUGACAGAACAGAAGACCGGAAGGAGUUCAUGUCAAAAGGAAGUUUGGCGGCUAACAGCAGCACCGCUAAAACCCAGCUGAAGAGGAAAGAAGGAAUUUCCAGCAGCCACCAGCAGAGACAAAGCAGUCCUGUGAGCCAGCAGCCGAAACAUGCAUCCCAGGACCCGACAACAGCUAAGAGGCAGCGGAUGUCUUCACCUGAGCCUCUGUCUAACAUGGCUCCUCUUCUGCCUGGACGCCAGCUCUGGAAAUGGUCUGGCAACCCCACACAGAGGCGAGGUCUGAAGGGUAAAGCCCGCAAGCUUUUCUACAAGGCCAUCGUGAGGGGCAAGGAGACGGUGCGUGUCGGGGACUGCGCCGUGUUCCUGUCACCUGGCCGGCCCCAGCUGCCCUACGUGGGCAGAGUGGAGAGCCUGUGGGAGUCGUGGAGCUCCAGCAUGGUGGUCAGGGUCAAGUGGUUCUACCACCCGGAGGAGACUCGCCUCGGGAGGCGACACCGCGACGGCAAGAAUGCUUUGUAUCAGUCGAGCCAUGAGGACGAGAAUGACGUGCAGACCAUCUCCCAUCGCUGCCAGGUGGUCAGCAGAACCGAAUAUGAUCACCUGAUGCGUGAACGCAAGCCCGGCAGCGCCACAAACGACCUCUUCUACCUGGCCGGAACCUACGAACCAACCACGGGCCAGCUGAUCAGCGCGGACGGCAUGGCCAUUGUGUCCUAGCACCAGCAGCUAGAGAGAAAUCCAAAUAUUGAAGUCGACUGCUUCCAGCUUUCAAUACGGAGCUGGGAGGGGGGACAGAUGGGAAAGCGAGGCAAAGAGUUUUGUCUCUGCGUAUUGAUCUGUCCCUUGUAAGAGAAGGAGCUAGCCCACUGGAUAAAGCCCGACAGUACUGGCACUUAAAGGAGCCUGGUUUGUUCUGGGGAAAUGUCUGAUCCAUGUCAGAUUUAGCCUCUUUAUCAGAUGUGGACUGAGGCUCCUACAGCCUUCCCUGUGGCUGAAAUAACAGAGUAUCUCGUCACUGCGACCAGAUUACUACAACAAAGGAACAGGAACCAAGGACAUGAGCACUUUGGAGUACAGUCACUUGGAUAUGCUACGGAGCGGGGGACUUGGCUUUCUGAAAAAAAGACUCAGAGAGACUUUAUGAUGAGGAGAGACUUACUGUAAACCACACUGGUUUGGAGGGUUUUAAUGGUCUUAUACUGGUAGUUUGACAACGUGAUUGGGAGAUCCCCCAACAGGACCAAAAAACACUGUAGUUCGGACUUUGUGUGAAAGUGUGUGUAUGUGUGUUUCCAGAGUGGCUGCAAUGACCCUGUUUGGCAUUUAAUGAGCUCUAAGUAAAUAGUGCUUUAGCGCGUGUUUGUACUGUACGUGUGGUCAUGCGCGCGUUCAUUGAGCAGGGGAUGACGUCAUGCCACACCGUCGGUACGUCCCUAACACUCUGAAUAUUAAUCUGUCCAGUACUUAACGUGAGGUUUUCAGCCCAUGUAGCUGAAACACAAAUUCUUCUCCUGUCAAGCCAUACACGUCAAUACCUCUCUCUCGCAUCCUACUAUUGGGGUGUGAAGACACAUGUACAGGUAGUUGGAUUGUUUUAUUUGAAAUGUGCGUGCAUGGUGGUGUGCAUGGGCGCGUGUUGUACAGCAUCUUGUAUUAUAGAACAUGUUGUAAAUAGUAUACAUAUAUAUUUGUUCUUGUUUUUUUGUUGUUUUUCUUUUGCAGAGAAGAUUAUUUUAUUUAGAUUUUUUUAGGGUGUUUGAGGGUGGGUUCGGGGGAGGGUCUGACAGAGGGAGGAGGUCGGGUUAGUUUCCUUCUCUCUCAAUGCACUGAACAGGAUCGGAGGUUUGGACUCGGGGUCAAACUGUACAACUGAUGUGAAGACUUUGUGGUUGUAAGCCCUGCUUUAGGCAAAGAAUAUGUAGAAAAGGGUGUUUGGGAAAUUUUUUAUAAGGAAAUCAGAAAAAAAGGCUCUUUUUAAACGUGUUCAAAAUGUUUUUGUCUUUCUGUUGGGUUUAGAAUGUGCAUUUCCUGUUCGGAGCUUCUUUUUUUUUUUUUUUUUAACAAAUACUGGAAAAGAAACUGAGUUUCUGCUGUUCUCAGAUCCUAAAAGAAUCUUCUUUAUCUAUUUUAGCCUGUAUUCCUAUAUAAAAUGUAGAUAUUUAUCUGGCAUCAAAAAGAAACAUACCAAAGCACCUGUGAGUUUACGCUUCACCGCAUUAGAAGAAAACAUUUUUAUGGAAAAGACAUUUAAAAAAGUUCAAUCAAAUCUGAAUCCGGGACCCCUGCAAUCACAGAGGUAUUUUAAGUAGAGUUCCUCUCGUUGUCUGCUCGUGUUCAUCCAGCGUUGCUAUGACAGCAUCCGAGAAACGUUGUUGUCGGCACGCUGCCCAGCUGAUGCACUUGAGGUCACUAUGGCAACCAGAAUGGCAUCACGUGACUGUGAAGGACAAUCAGAGCCAAUCAAUGGGACAAUGUUGAGAGGAAGAAAAAAAACUAAAUAAGGAUCAAAUCACAAAUUAUGCUUCUUGUCACUUUUAUUCCUGCUUUGCCAAAAAUGUCUGUGUGUAUGUUUUAUGUUUGCUUGUUUUCCUCGUUUACCAUUGUCUUACUGUUUAUGCAAGCCUGUGAUGACUGUUUGUUGUCAGUGUAUAGGAUGUACAGGGGGGGAGAAAAUGAUUGCCUUUUUUCUUUUCUUUUCUUUUUUCUUUUCUUUUCUUUUUUUAGGACAUUGACUGACUUUUAACAACAAUGUUGCUGUUACACUGCAAAGCAAAAGCUUUAAAAGGAAUCAAAUGUGAAACUCAAUUUUAAAAUAUUACUUUUAUGGGUCUUUAAUAGAUUUUUUUUCUCUUUUAAAGCUGUAUUUUCUUUAAGAAACACUGGAUUCAGUUGUAACCAUCACAUUUUGACAGAAGCGACAUCAUUGUUUUUUUUAUAGACCCACUGGAAAACUGCUUUGUAUGGUUGAGAUAGCCUACUAAAAUAUAUUAUGUAAUUUCAGUCAUUCUUUGGAAAUAUGACUAAAAUAUUUCCUCAUGUAAAAAAAGGAAAAGAUUAUUUAUCUUAAUUUUAUUGCCUUUUUGUGUUUCAUUAAAAAAGAUUCUUACAA